ACGUGAUUGGCGGUGCUGCGCGGGAGCGGCUCCUCUCCAGUCUGCCGGCAGCAGCAGCGCUCCAGGCCGCGGCACUCAUGGCUCGGCCCCAGCAGGGCUCGGCCUCGUGGUGUAAUUACUUCUUCCUUUACGAUGGCUCCAAGGUUAAGGAGGAGGGAGAUCCUACGAGCGCUGGGAUUUGUUAUUUUUAUCCUUCUCAGACUCUCCCUGACCAGCAGGAGCUGCUGUGUGGACAGAUUGCCGGAGUGGUGCACUGCAUGACUGAGAUUUCAGGAGCUCCUCCAAGCCUUAUUCGCCUGAAAAAGCUCAAAUUUGCAGUUAUAGUGGAUGGAGACUACCUGUGGGUGCUGGGCUGUGCUGUUGACCUCCCUGAUAUCAGCUGUAGACGGUUUCUGGAGCAGUUGAUCAGCCUCUUCACAUUCUACAAUGGACCUGUGCACCAGGCUUACAUGGAGUUUUCUCAGGAGGAGCUAAACAGGCUGUGGGACAGAUACAUUGAAUAUAUCCAAAAAAGCACCGAUGACCUCCACAAGAUUUUCAAUUCUCUCUGGAAUCUGGACAAAACCAAGGUGGACCCACUGCUUUUACUGAAAGCAGCUCUCAUCUUGCAGACUUGCCAGCGCUCUCCCCACGUCUUGGCAGGCUGCAUUAUCUACAAAGGCUUGAUUGUGAGCACGCAAUUGCCACCUCCUCUCACUGCUAAAGUUCUCCUGCAAGGCAGUGAGUCUUCAGGCCAGAGUGAGCCUGGAAGUGAGGAGCAGCAGGAGCCUGAUUCUCCCUUGCCGCAGGGUGUCCGUAUUGUCCCGGUGUUCCUCACAGAAGAUGAAGUCUCAGUGCUCCAAGUGGAGUGGAUGAAUAGAUCAACCACAGCCCCAGCAAGCCCUAGAGGAGAGAAUAACGUUCUCAGCUCCCCAGCCGUUUCAGAAUCGACAGGAAUUCACAUAAACCAAGACCUGAAUGAUAUCUCUGUGCUCACUGAGCAAGCUUCAAGCACAGCCACGCCAGAAGAUGUCGUACAAUCAGGCAGCUUUGCAAACACAGUUCCUUUGGAGGGCUUCCCCAAAAUGGAAGCCAGGAAAAGGAGUUCUCCAACAGCAGAACUGAGCAGCCCAGGCAACGAAAGGUCAGAGCUCAAUAGAAAACCAUCCUUCUCAUCAGACGGACAUGUAAAAGAGCUGCUGAGCCCUUCUGAGCUCCGUACUGCUCAGUAUGCUCAAACUAUGGAUUCAUAUCUGGAAGGCUUUUCCUUUCCAAACCCAUAUGCCAAGGAACAGGAGAGUCAGAGCACGCAGGAAUUCAUUGUGGACUCUCAUGUUGAACAACACAGUUUUCAGAGCUGUCUUGCAGACAAUGCCAGUCCAACUACCUGCUCUGCUGCCCAAGAGCUGAGCAGAAGGAAGUCGAAUGAACAAGAGAAACAAGGGACUCUGAGCCAAAAUAGUGUCUCUGCGGAAAGUGAUGCAGCCGGUGAUAGUUGGAGUUUGGAUUGCCCAACCCCUGUUGCACAGUCAGAGCUCAGAAGCAAGAGUCAGCCGAUGGCUGCAGAUGUUCAGGAGGGGCUGCCCAGUGCCCCAGCAGAGAACACAGACUGUACUCAGAGUGGGGAGCAAGAGUGGCCUCAGGCAGGCAGACUGGCAGCCCAGGGUGCAGAGUCUGACAAGCACUGCAAGUUCACUCAGAUGAGCUUGUAUGUCCACAGCAUCAAGGGGCUCGUGCUCACUCUGCUAGCUGAAGAUCACUUCCAAGAUGACCGGAGCUCAAUUGAGGAUGUGUACCACAGCAGUCUGGCUUCUCUGAAUGGCCUCGAGGUUCAUCUGAGGGAGACUUUGCCCAAAGACUUUCUGUCCUCAGCCAAGGCAACCUACAGCUUCACUCACUAUGACUGCAUCCAGAAUGUGCUCACAGCCAAUGUGUCCCAUCCACCCGGCCCCCUGGAUCGGCACUUCCUGAGGGCUGCCACACUGAUCCACUCUGACUUCAAUCGGCUUCCAACUGUUUCAGAAGUGAUUGUUAGGAAUGCCUCCACAGCAGUGUAUGCCUGCCGGAACCCCGUCCAGGAGACCUACUUCCAGCAGCUGGGUGCUCCGCUCCGCAACUCGGGUGCUCCCAACCCUCAGGACAGUGCUUUCAGCUUGCCAAACAAAGCCAAGCAAAAGCUACUGAAGCAUGGAGUGAACCUACUUUGAACUGAUGCACUGAGGUAGCGUAUCUCAGCAAUAAUGAAAGCUGGUUCAUCUCCUGUAACCAAAUUCUCAAAGCCAUUUGUUCUGUAAGCACAAUGCUAUGUGCUAACUGUGGUCUCCAACCUGCCCUGAUGAAGGAGCACUCUUACUGCCCUGCUCCUGCAGCACGUUGUGCGUGAUGUCAUUGAUGUUAGCACUUACCAAAGACUGAAGAUAGAAAAUGUGUUGGGGUGUUCAGUUUACAUUGACUUGUAGGACUCUUUGUGGUGCUCUGCCACUGCAGAGACUCCUGGAGUGCCUUGACCAAAAGUAGAACCUCUCCUUGCUCUAAGCUACACGGGACAAUGGAUUACGGGGCAGUGCUUGCUUUCAAACCCUGCACUUGCCUUGAGUUCUGUUACUGUGCUUGUCCUGGUCAGACUUGGGCUUUUUUUAUACCUCCUUAUCUACAGAAAUGAUUCCCUGCUGCAACGCGGUGCCUUAUCUUGAUUAAUUGCCUGCAAGCUGUCUGACUAACUGGAAUAGAACAUGUGCAGCAAAACUCCUUAAUCCCUUCCAGUAGCUGUCAGUAAGUUUUAUUCUGUAGCUGUAUUUGGCAAAUCCUUGUCCUUUUGCCCGUGCGUGCUCAGUGUUCCUUCCAAGAUGCCCACCAGAAAGCAGAAAGGUGCUGCAACCCUCUGGCCUCCCCUGGGGGCCCUGAAUGCACUACAUCCCUCUGCUCCUCAGCCACCCAUGUCUUUCCCCUCCUGUUGGAGUACCGUGCUUCACCUUCUGGCUCUCAUAGCUCUAUUUGUUUGCACUCUAUUGGCUGAGAAGGCAGGUGCCAGCCCCUUAAGCUGAUGGGACCAAAGAGGCUUUAUAGCUCCUUGGCAUUUGUUGUCUUUCUGCUUGUGCAUCCCCUUGUCACUGGCUUGCUGGGGUGGGACAGGCAGUGGUGGCUGCUAGCCCUGAGUGAUGAAUCUUACCAUCUGACUGUGCUGUGUUCUGAGACUGCUGCUGCUACGUACACACACAUCACUGUGAAAAUAAAAGUCUCCAAGACUCAUGCAAGAGCUCUGUGUCAGCGGCCAGAGUCUCACUCACUCUGCCUUGUUUGUGGCUCGUGUUGGGGUUGGGUGAACUGAACAGUGCUGUUAGCUCCCUCCGGGCUGAGCUCCGGCAGUGAUGUGUGCUUCAUCAGGAAGCACAGAGCUGAAGGAGAAGCCCGAGAGGGACAGGAGGGAGUUCUGGCACAGCAGCAAAGCACAAAAUAGAUGCCAUUGCCUGCUGUCUUCAGAAAUCUUCCGCUGCAAUCUGCUGUGCCGUCUGUUAGCAGUGAACAGCUGGGCUGGUUCCGUUGUGUUCUGCUGCUUGAGCUGCAUCUGGCCUCCAGGAUCGCCUCCAGGGCUUUGCUUAAGAGGAACAUGGUCUUUGGGGUAGGACACUAAAGCGCUCCAGGCUUAAUGGUUGCAUGGGAGAGAGGAUGUUUAGAAGGGGUCAUGUUAAAGUGCAGUGACAAGGAGCAGCUGUUGCCCUGGCCACGUCUUGCUAAUGGGGUCAAGGCUGUUGCUGAGCAGUGCCAAGCUGCCUUGGGGCUGGAGGGGGGUGUAUUGGGUACUGGCUUUUGUGCAGAAGGACAGCAAAUGUUGUGUGAGAGGCAGCACGGCAUCCUAGAGCUGCUCCUGCUGAGGCUGCCUGCUGCCCUUGAUGUGUCACUGCAGGCAGCUGCAAAUGUUUUCCAAAAUGUGGUUUGGGGAGUUUAUUUAUUUAUUUUCCUUUUGGAAGGCCCUUUGGCCGAGCCUGAAGAGCGCUGGAUCAGUGUGGUGGUUCCUGCUGCUGCCUUGGCAGGGCCAGUACUGGUGGCUGAUGGCAGGCUGGGGUCAGCUGUCCAGCUUUGCAGGGCAGCAGGGACCUGAGGGGUGGGAUCAAUGCAGGGAGCUGCCAGGCAGCUGCCUGUUGUGCCCCCUGAUAGCAUGGGCAGGGGGCUGGGGCUGUGCUGAAACCAUGCCCUCACUCGCUGCAUGCCAGUUCAGCCUCAGCCCAUCACCUCCUCCCACCCUGCAGCUCCUGUUAUUUCCAAUGCUUUGUUCUUUACAGUGAGCUGAGCUGCUGGGGCCAGCUCAGGAAAGGAUCCAGCUCCUCUGUGUUUUGCUUUACCCUGGAACAGUUACACAAGCAGGCAGAGCCUGGUCUGUUUUCAGCACAACAGUUUAUUGAUAAUCUUUACUUAUCCACUGUAGGAAUGUUACCAAACUGUCACAGUUACCAAGCCAGCCUGCUUCCUCAGAGCCUGUUUCCAAAUAAUCAAGGCGUGUAGAAAUCAUGCACUUCAGAUAUUCUGUAACAAGACAGGUGUAAAAAAUAUCUCAGAUGUA